CUUCGUUUUAACGAGGUGCCUCCCAACAGAUGUAUUGCUAUUGGAAGCUCCCCAUAAUCUGUAUGAUCCAGCAGGCCACGGCGCUUGAGAAGAACAGACCCUCUUCCCCUCUUGAUUGUCCUUUCCCCCUUUUCUCUUACAAUUUUUUUUUUCUUCAUUGAUGCGCUUUUGUUCUUUACAAAGAAUCUUGUUUAUCGCUUUUCCACUCUUCUGAGACCAGCAACAGAGUUUUGUACCUGACGCGGCCGUUUCUGCGACCUACUUUCCUGGACCCCUCAAUCAGGUACCUACAUACUUUACCUGUACGUACGCACAAGCCCACGUCACUUCAGCCGAUACAGCCCAAACGGUCGAACCCCGCUCAGCCAACAACUCAAACAAGAUAAACCUAGACGGCACAUCACCCAAGAGUUUUGUUGACCUCCUCUCAAGUUUGUACUUGUUGAUCAAGAACAGGCCAGCUACCGCGGCCUCCUUUGUGCCUCGUCAUCUGCGUCAUCAAGCUCAAACAGGACGUUCUGUUGCUCGCCCACUUACCCCGCCAAGCUUGGGCAACUCCCAUAUCGCAUAUCGCAUACUGUCGCACAUUUCGCUUCCGUAUCUUCCGUCGCUUAUUAGAUCCUCCGUCGUAUAUCAAGAUGGAGCGCAGUCGUGGUGUUCCAGAUGAGGAGAUGUUUCUCAGCAAGCCUGCCCCUGAAGACUGCGAUAGCCCUACCGUUGAACCUUUGCGCAUAUUCAAGCCUCAGAGCCCCCAACCCGCAAAAGAUGGCAGAUCAUCUGCUUUCCGAUAUCCUGCGCCUCCUUCGUCCACAUCUCCCGCCUCUAAGCACUCUUUUCCUUUACCUCCUGGUGCUUCCAGCUCUGCGGCUCCCUUGCCGUUCCCGGACGACGACGACGUUCGCAAACCAACUCCUGCGAAGCCCUUCGGCUCUGCAUACAACGACACCAGCCCUCGACUAGAAACUAGCCCACUAGGAAAGAAACCUGGUCUCGCUGAGCGAAGAGGAGCUGCUCCAAAACCUAUCAGCUCUCCCACAAGUCCUGACGCCGACACCGAUCUUUUCCAACGUCCGCUGGCCGAUAGCCACCGCCCUGGCUCCUCCAACAACAAUUAUCCCAGCUAUCAAAAAACGUACUAUCCGCCGCCUGGUGCUGCAUCCGGCUCAUCAAGCAAUGCACCGGCCCAGCAUGCCGCUGUCCAGCAACUCAAGAUGCACGACCAAGGAGUAAAUCGCUUUGCUUCAACUGCCUCGACUUCAACGACCCGGGCAAGCCGUGGCUCGCCCCCUCCUCCCGAAACCCCGAUUGUCGAGCCAGGACAGGCGCCAGCUGAUGCUAUUGAGGCCCGUUAUGCCGCCGCUGGUAUCUCUGGAACUGCUACCCUUAAUAGCCUGGGCGCCCCCAGUGCGGCCGCUUCCCAGAGACUCGCGCAGUAUGGAAACCAGCCUCCUCCUCAACGACCAUGGACACCGACCGAGACCCCAGACCAAGCACCAUCUGGUCCUCCGACUGUGUACCAGGGCAUGAAUGCUAUCUCGAGUCCGGCACAAUCACAUCAAUCGUUUAGUCCUCCCCCACAACCCGAACAGCAACAACAACAAAAGCCACAGCCACAGCCACAAGGGCAAGGACAGGGCCAGGCGCAAGUCAGUGUGUUGGAGCAAGACUUCCAACGUAUGAACACCAACUCGCCCCCUCCUGCAUACUCGAGUCUCAACCCUGGUGGAAACUCGUCCUAUCCUAACGAGAAGCAACGGCCCCAGCAAGCCGGCUCAAGUUCUGCCGGUACUCAACCCAACCAGCAGGCGACUGCAUCGACAGCGCCAACGAAGGCCGCCGCAGUAGCUGCAGCCUCAACUGUUGCUGGUGGACUUGCUUCACCUGCUCUUCAGCACCCAGGCCAUCCUGCGUUUGCCAACGACCCUCACCCUGCGUUUGCGAAUGAACCGCACCCUGAGCAGAAUGGGCAACCGUCUCAACAGCAAGUCGUUGCCCCUGCCCAAACCUUUGAACCCCAAAACCCUGCCUCACCUCCACCUUUGCCUGAGGGAUGGAUCGCCCAUUUGGAUCAGAAUUCCGGGCAAUACUAUUAUAUCCAUCUGGCAUCUCAAGCUACACAGUGGGAGUUCCCAAAGGGACCAAACCCUAUAUCUCACGAACAAGCUCCUCUCUCGCCGACCGCUUCGACUUAUGGAAACCCUUUGGCAUCGCCGAUGUUUGGCAAGCAAGCCAUGGCCUCCCCGAUGUUCCCACCGCAUACCCCUGGUUAUGCUGAGAGCAUCAUGAGUGUGGCGGCUUCAGCAACACCCACAGCCGCCGGAUUCACCGGUCCUCCACCGAGCGCGGGGGUUGAUAUGUACAGGAUUCAACCGACGAAUGGCGUUUAUUUUGGCCCCUACCUGCGAUAUGUUAACAUGGAUAUCGAGAAGGGCCUUUGGCUGGGUAGUAUUCUGAUUGUAACAGAUGCUCCUCAACCACCCACAAUCCAUAUUCACCUGAGCCACGACCUGGCACCCAAUCCACGACAAGCUGAGCCUCGCCCAAUUUUCACACACCAGAGAUGGAAGUUUUAUAAAUAUGAUCUGGAACUGCCCAUGUCCGAGGCUGGUACUGAGCGUUGGACAUACGCAGUUACCUCCCACCUUGGCUGCACACGCUAUGAAUUCGUCGUGGCUGGGCGUCAAGAGACUAGCUGGCGCUUUAUUGCCCACUCCGGCAACGAUUUCGCUGCAGGCACUUCACAGAACGAGCGAGCUAAGCUUGGCGGGGUUGGAUUCAUGUGGAAGGACGUCCUGCAGAAGAAUGUCGAUUGUGGUGGCUUUCAUGUUCAGUUAGGGUUGGGAGACCAGAUCUACGGUGAUCGUUUGUGGAAAGAAGUCCCUCUCCUCAAGCAGUGGCUUGCCAUGAGUGGACGUGACAACAAGAAGAAUGUCCAGUGGACAGCGCGACAUGAAGAGGAUGUCGCACACGCAUACUUCCACUACUACACCAGCCACUUUGAUCAACCGUUCCUUCGUGAGGCGUUUGCGCAAAUUCCCCAUGUUCUGCAGAUUGAUGACCACGAUAUUUUUGAUGGAUAUGGCUCAUACCCAGACUAUAUGCAAUCUUCACCCAUGUUCAAGAACAUUGGAAGAAUUGCGACAGAGAUGUACCUGUUGUUUCAGCACCAUACCACUGUCGAGAUGCUACGGAACGUCAGCACCGAUCACGACAUAUUCACCAUCACUGGGACUGGUUGGCAUUUCGUGAAGUACCUCGGACCGGCUGUGGUGGUUGUUGGUCCUGACUGUCGAUCCGAGCGCACCCAAGCCCAAGUAAUGGCAGGCCCGACGUACCAAGGGAUUUUCCCUAAAGUCGCUACACUCCCCCCAAGCGUGCAGCAUUGUAUCUGGAUGAUCUCGGUACCACUUGUGUAUCCACGCCUGGACACUGUGGAGAGCCUUGCCAACACUAUGGCUGCGGGCAAAAAGGCAGUCAACACAACCUACAACAUCCUGGGUAAGGUCACGAGCUCGGUUGCAGGCGUAGUCGGCGGCAAAGAUGUGGUUGCACAAGGCUUCUCGCAGGUGAAGAAGGCCGUCGGAAAAACUGGUCUCAUGGGUAAUGUCUUGAACCAGUUUGGCGAGCUUGACAUUCAAGAAGUGCUCAAGGAUAUGUGGACUCACGACACCAAGGACCUAGAGAGAACCUACCUGAUCCGAACUCUACAAGGCAUUUCACAACAGAAGGGAAUUAGAAUGACCUUCCUCUCUGGAGACGUCAAUGCCUCAGGAGCUGGGUUGGUUCAUGACCCCACGCACCCAGGUGAUCACAAGACCAUGUACCAGAUCAUCUCAUCCCCUAUCGUGGCGGCACCUCAAAGCAACUAUGUGCUCAAGAUGCUGCACAACCAAAAGACGCUUUACGUACCUCAAAAUGGCAAGAAGUCAACGCACGAGGUGUCAGACACAAAAGAAGAUAUGAUGGAGAUCUUCCAUUCUGAUGCCAGUGGUGCCGCAAGAGAGCUCAAAAAGCUCAUGGGUCGUCGAAACUACGUCGCCUUUGUUUCAUACGACCAGGACGCAGCGGCAGCAGUGCCCCAGACACCGUUCAGCCCUAACCCCAGCCUGAACGGUUCGCAACAGGGCCUGUCCAAGGUGAGCCUGGCCGUCGACUUUGUUGUUCAGGGUGACGGAGCGUUCACGGCACCAACGAAAUAUGGUCCUGUUAUCAUCCCUCAUUUGGAAUAUGGACGAUGAUUCAGUAGGUGGUAGUUGGAUUCUUUGGUAAGGGUACUGAUUGGAUUUCGCCAUUUAUAUUGCACAUAUAGCGUUUCUACGAUACUACGAAGACAUAUAUAUACCUUGUUUAUUUUUAGUUUGUCAAGCUUAGCAGCAUUAUACGGGUACGAGACGGAUCGACUUUAUACACAUUUGGCAAAAUAUUCAUGAAAACAUUGCAUGUUUCUUGGUCUCGUUUCUAUUGUGUAUAUAUGCUUUUGAAUCUCAUUCCAACGCCCAAAUAUGUAUUUAGAGAUCGAAGAGUUCCUUGAGGAUACGCAUGGUGUCCUCAGGUCCGGUGACGGAGUGGCCAGUUGUCCUAGAGUCGGUGUAAAUCUCAUAGUCGUUGCCGCCCUCGAAUGUCUUGUCGCCAAAGAAGUGGAUGGUCUUGUAGGCGAUACCGUCAGGCUUCUUGGCCUCGUUCUCAAGGUGCUGGAGGCAGUAGGUCUUAUCCCACCCGGUGGGGAACACAUCGAAGGAAAUCUGGCCACCAAUGGAGAAGCUUUUCAGAGAAUGUCAGAGAUCAGAGCGUGCCAUGGGGAAUUAGGGAUCGUAACGUACGUGAGGCCGAGGUGGCCGAAUCGCUCCUUGAGAAUAGCGACAAACUUCUCCCGGACCUUUGCGUCCUUGUCGAACGCCUCAAAGUCGUUUCGCUCCUGAGUGCUGGCAUUACGACCGACGGGGCUAAUGUUGAUCAUUCCAUUGCGGAAUUCAAUGAAGGUGCCGCGCUUGACGGGGAUAUCGAGAUCAGCAACGUAGUGGAGGACGAAGUUGGCAAGCUCCUUGUACUGCUCCUCGCC